GGUUUCGUGACGUCAUCUCCGGGCGCCGAGAGUGACUGGACUUGCGGUGGGCUUCCCGGCUGCAGGUUGUCUUGGCUGGAUACCGGAGGGCGGAAGUGCCGCAGGGCUUGGCUCCGACCUCCGCGCGGGUGCCUCCUGCGGCUGUGCCGGCCCUCGGGGCUACCAGCUGGGGAGCCUCUGCGGGACAGUGUGUCGGGUGCUCUGCGCCGCCGCCCCGCCAGUGCCCGGGACCCGAGCGUCCUCACUAGUGCGGGAAGCCGGAGGAGAAGCCGGAGGAGAAGCCGGCGCUUCUGUUUGGAGUUGGUUGAAAAGGAAUUUUGCCUAUAUGUACUGCUUUAAACACUGGAAGAAUGACAGAUGACAAAGAUGUGCUUCGAGAUGUGUGGUUUGGACGAAUUCCAACUUGCUUCACCCUCUAUCAGGAUGAGAUAACUGAACGGGAGGCAGAACCGUAUUAUUUGCUUUUGCCAAGAGUAAGUUAUUUGACGUUGGUAACUGACAAAGUGAAAAAGCACUUUCAGAAGGUUAUGAGACAAGAAGACAUUAGUGAGAUAUGGUUUGAAUAUGAAGGCACACCACUGAAAUGGCAUUAUCCGAUUGGUUUGCUAUUUGAUCUUCUUGCCUCAAGUUCAGCUCUUCCUUGGAACAUCACAGUGCAUUUUAAGAGUUUUCCAGAAAAGGACCUUCUGCACUGUCCAUCAAAGGAUGUAAUUGAAGCUCAUUUCAUGUCUUGUGUGAAAGAAGCUGAUGCUUUAAAGCACAAAAGUCAAGUAAUCAAUGAAAUGCAGAAAAAAGAUCACAAGCAACUCUGGAUGGGUUUACAAAAUGACAGAUUUGACCAGUUUUGGGCCAUCAAUCGGAAACUCAUGGAAUAUCCUGCAGAAGAAAAUGGAUUUCGUUACAUCCCUUUUAGAAUAUACCAGACAACAACUGAACGGCCUUUCAUUCAGAAGCUCUUUCGUCCUGUGGCUUCAGAUGGACAAUUGCAUACACUAGGAGAUCUCCUUAAAGAAGUCUGUCCUUCUGCAGUUGCUCCUGAAGAUGGGGAAAGAAAGAAUCAAGUGAUGAUUCAUGGAAUUGAGCCAAUGUUGGAAACACCUUUGCAGUGGCUGAGUGAACAUCUGAGCUACCCGGAUAAUUUUCUUCAUAUUAGUAUCAUCCCGCAACCAACAGAUUGAAGGAUCAACCAUUUGCUUGAACGGAAUCACCCUUAAACAGGAUUUACCAGAGCAUGUCACCCUUCUGCUUCAGUCAGGUUUGGUGGAGGCACCCUGACCGGAAACACUGCUGCAAGCCUAACAGGAAAGAGAUUCCAUGUCAGAUAAGGGUACUUGGGCUGGUCUUACUCUGCAUUACCACUGCUUUCCUCCACUGCCGUCAUUCAACUUCAGCUGCGACAUGAAAGACUUUACAGGACUACUGCAAGUCUUCUGUUUUCUUGUAAAAUAUAAUGAAGCCCAAACCUUUGGCCUAAGAAGAAAAUGGAAAUAUGUGCCACUCGAUUUGUAUUUCUGAUUAACAAAUAAACAGGGGUAUUUCCUGAGGUGACCAUGGUUGAACUUUAGCUCAAGGGAGUGGAAACAUUGGUUUAAUUUUCAAGAGAAUUAGACUUAAGAAAGUAAAAGAGAAAUUCUGUUAUCAAUAACUUCAGUAAUUUUUUGUAAAAGAUCAAAUUACAGUAAACCCAUCUUUCCUUAAUGAAAAUUUCCUAUGUUUACAGUCUGUCUAUUGGUAUGCAAUCUUGUAACUUUGAUAAUGAACAGUGAGAGAUUUUUAAAUAAAGCCUCUAAAUACGUUUGUCAUUUAAUAACAUACACUUUUGUCACUUUUCCGGUACUUUCUGACUCACAUACAGUAGUUCACUGUUUUUACUCUGUGUUACCCUUCAGACUGGUCAUCGUUGGCGUGGAAUGGAUGUAGGGCAUAGGAUAACUUGUCUCAGGAGCUGCCAUAGAAUUUCUUGCUGCCGAUUUUUAAAUGUUUCCUUUAAACUAAAAGUAAAAAUAAUGUUACCAUUUCACUUUACUGUUUUAUCACUGUAAAUCUGUCAGAUCAUAGUCUCUUAAGCAUCUGUAUAAUUUUGCAUUUUUGGAAAAGCCCAUUCCUUUUCAAGCUAGUGUUUUCCAUUGGCCUCAGGUCUAAUAUUUCACCGUGGUCCCUGGUAGCCAGUCUUUGACAUCUAAAGAUGACCCAUCUCCAGACUGCAGUAGCUUUUCCUUAACUUUACCAAAAAUAUUCAGUGGUUACUGGAGUUCUUAUUCAAAUGAGGAAAUUUUUGCUGCACUUUAUUACCACAUUGCUGGGAUUCUACCAGCUGAACAUGCUUGUGCAUUACACUUUGUCUCUUGUGAGCUAGCUUGCUGUCUAUAUCCCUACUGAAUGUCGUCCCAUUUGAAUAUGCUGAAAGACAGUAUCAUACAAUAGUGGUUUUAGAUUCCAAAAUAAAAAUGAAUGUUUUCCUCAUAAAAAAAUUGUAUGAAUGUUAAAGUGAGAUCCCACUAGUGCUUACUGCUUCCUUUUUCCUUUUGCGAUUUUCAUUAAUUAGUAGCAGACUUAUUCACAGAAUGAGAUAAAGGUAGUCAAAGAUCAAAUAUUCUGGAAUGGAAAGUAUAAGUCUCAAUCAAAAAGAAAAACAUAGGGUACCAAUGUGAUCAGAGAAAAAAGUAAUAUUUGAGUUACUCAAGGAUUAAAAAAAAACCCACUGACUUGUAUUUUUUCAAAAGAGGUUGUUCUGAAUAUGAUUGUUCACAUUAAAAGUGUUUAUUCAUCUAUUCAGUUUGGGGAUUUUCCCCCUUGAUGUUUUGACAGACUGAAGUGAGCUUCAGUGAGCAAAAAGGAUCAAAAUGCCAGGAGUACUAAGCUGUGACAAAGAUAAGCAUGGUAAGAGCAGUAAGCCAUAGUUGUUUUCCACAGACAAGGCCAAUAUAAGGUGUCUAAAGUGAACUCAAGGGAGCUACUGAUCUACACUUCCAGAUUUGAAAGUAGAUUUUACCAAGGCAUUGCCCAUUUUUACUUGUUCAUUAUUACACCAGCAUCAUAACUGUAUUACUCUACUCUAGUCCCAGGUAAGUCAACCCUCCAAUACCCAGAGAAAGAAUAAAAACAGAAAUUAAAUGCUGGCUUAAAUAUCUAUUUUUGUUUCUUUUUAUUUGAAUAUUUAAAU